AUGUAUAGGAAAGAAAUAUCAAAAAAGGAUUCUUUAAUAAAAGGGGAAAAGGAUAAAUCACCAAUUUUGGAUAAAGAUAGUCGGAAAAACAAAAGCAAUAUUAAAUCAAAAAGUAUGAGUAGUCAAAAUACAAGUAGAUCUUCAAUAUCGUCACAUUUAACAGAAGCAAAAAUUGAAAUUCAAAUCCAUCAUAAUUCAUCUUCCCGUGAUAAUCAAUCAGAAAAUUUUACAACAGAAAGAAAAAUAAGUAAAGAAAAUAGUAUUGAAAAACGACGUGCCAGAUUAAAUAUGCCAUUGCUUUAUAGAAUGUAUGAAUCACAGAGUGAGGAUAAUCGUGGAACAAUUUCUGGACCUGAGUCACCUAAUUUUCAUCCUGAAGAAGUAGCCAAAACAUUACGUAAUGCACUUGUUGGAAUUACAACUGAUGAUAAUAAAAUAAUAUCUUCAAUUUUUUUGCAUACUAAUUUUCAGCGUCAGAUGAUUUGUAAGGCAUACGAAACUAUGUAUGAAAGAAACCUCAUACAUGAUGUAGAAGAAGAGACAGGUGGAUUUUUUAUGGAUUUAUGUAUUGCUCUUUUACGUCCUACACAUGUAUUUUCAACACAAUUACUUAUUGACUCUAUUUCAUUAAAAAAUCAAGAUAUUAAUAUUGUAGUAGAAAUUGCGUGCACCUCUACUAAUCUACAAUUGCGUGUUAUAAAAGAAACUUAUACAUCAUCAAUAAAUAGAAAUUUAGAAAAAGAUAUUAUAAAUAAAAUUGAAGGAAUAUGUGGAAAAUAUAUACAAGCUCUUUUUAUUAAAACUAGAGAAGAAGAUGAUUAUAUUAAUAGUGAAAUGGUUAAAGAAAAUCUUAAUAUUAUUUCACAAUCAAGUAAUUUUUUUGAUGAUGUAGGAAAAAAUAUAGAUUUAUUUAUAAAAUUAUUUGUUAUACCUUCAUUUCUAUCAAUUCGUGAAGUAAUUGAUGCAUAUGAUAGUAGAAAAGAUCCUGGAAAAGAUUUUGAAUCAAUGUUGAGAAAAAAUAAAAUUAUACAUACAGAAAUUAGAAACAUAAUUCUUACAAUAAUAAAAAUUUCAAGAAAUACACAAAUAUACUUUGCUGAUAAACUUCAUGAAGCUAUAUCUGGAGUUAGAGCUGAUCACUCAACAAUUAUAAGAAUUGUCGUUACGAGAUCUGAGACGGAUUUGGCAGAUAUUGUCGAUGAAUACUGUAAAAAGUAUGGACAAUCUCCAUUACAUUGGCUUCAGAAAACUUGCAGUGGAGAUUACUAUCGUCUUUUAUCAGCAAUGCUAACAAUAAAUACUAUAAAUGAUAAUUAG